AUGAUUCAUCCCAGACAGAUGGCGUCUGCUAUACUUGUUGGUGAUAAUUGGACUGCGAAGUAUAUUCGUAAUUCUGUUCCUGUUAGUCAGCGUUUCCAUUAUGAUAAUCGGGAUCCUAAAAAAGGUAUUGAACAAGUUAUUGAGUUUUUCAAGGCUGGUUCUCCUCCGUGGCUUCCUAUUGAUCGUGGUGAUAAGGAUGAUGCGGGUAAGGAUUCUGGUAAGUUUGCUUCUCAGCAGUCUAUAGGUUAUUUCUAUGUUGAUGGUCCGACUACUGCUAAGGUUACUAUUGAUGUGGAGCUUAAGUUGACUAUUGCUUUGAAGGGUCGUAAGUGUUUGGGUGGUAAAGUGGAUAAUUCUGGGCCUAUUAAUGCUAAUAAUGCUGGUCAGUCUAUUGGUAAUGAAGACUUGGGAGAUAAUUUGGCUACUUCUUUUACUGAUAAGGGUACAGAUAGUGUUGAUUAG